UCCCGCUCGGACUUCCGGGCACCACCCGGAUAUCGUCUCUCCCUCUCUCCUCUCUCUAUCUACAAUUGCUGCGGAGUCGUCAAACGCAUACCAUCGACAGCCCCCACCCCCAGUUCGACUAAGGAUUCAGAGGCUUCGCGCCACCGAGUGAUUCCUGAGAGUUUCCUUGUCCCUCUCAGCUCAAAGCGGUUAGCAGUGUCUCACUCUCGCCAUGUCGACCAAUGAAGGCCCCGGCCAGAUCUGACGCUAUCGUCUAGACUAUUUGCUCGGCCGCCGCGGGCUCGACUUGCCCCGACGUCAAGCUUUUUCCCGUUUCCUUUCGUCUGUUGCUGAAUCUCCCACACUUUCGCUGCCGUAGUGCCGACCUCCAAACCGCCAUCUGGGCUCUUGGCCUGCUUCAUCCUAGCGUCAGGUUGUCUAUGGAAGCUCGAAACUCUUUCCGAUUGUUGAUGGCCGCCGACAUAUUCCAUUUUGAGGUGCCCUGUUACAUCGCGCCCCGUCGUCGCCCUUACUAGGUAUGAUUCUCUUCCCGUCUCCAACCCUAGUAUGGCGUAAUGCUCCAGACCUCUUAGCCUGGCGAGUGCAGGCGGGGGACUCAGCUGAAGAGACAACACAUGGCAUCGCCACACAUCGUGCGCCCAUUCCGCAUGUACAGCACUCGUUCUCCAAGCCAGCCAUGUGAAGGAGGAACCGCUAGACGGUGUCCCCGUUUCGGACGGAGCCUAAACGACGUGGUUCAUCGUCCGCAGGACAAAGUGGGCCCCGCCACGGCGAGAAGAGGCUCCUUAUCAGGGCCAUGCUAAAGCAAGCUUAACACGAGGCACGAAAACCUCAAACGCAGCCUUCCUUUGGUCUUUCACUGCCUCUCGGCCCACUGGUCCUUUGUCUGUGUAAGCCGGGCCGCGAGUCGCCGACCAUCACCCCGUAAACCGCCCGGCAUCCUUUGUUCGUCGACGUUUGGCCGAGGUGAGGAAUAAACAACGACUCCCGCCUCGCCGCGUGGUCGGGGCCUCGCGAUCCGAGAUUCUUCGAGGGUUUAUAUCAAGCUUGAUGUCUGAGAUAUCUGCAUUGAAAUCCCUCCCCGCAGAUCCAGACCUUGACAGCUACUACGAACCCAAGGCCCAGCCCGCCACAUCGGUAUUGACGCCCGCCCGCCCGCCCGCCAGCCCAUUUCGCCAACCUCGAUAGACAAGAGUCCGUGUGUUAUUGACUCUUUAUACUUAUGCUCGGAUUCAAACGGCCCAUUCAUCCUCAUUUAGCGGCAAGGAAGCCAAGACAGAAGUGACGACAUUGUAAUCUUUCCUUGGGUCCUGCUCCCCUAUUCCAGUAUAGACGGGAUUCUGUAGGACCUCGGAUCAUAGAAACCCCCGUCCCCCACUCGCCGGUGUAUCAACUCGACGGGGCUGCUGAAGACACAAAAAAACAGUCGCCUCAUCGCAAUUCGCCCAGAGUCAGGUCUUGACACGAUGCCCAAAUCCCCCUCCGGCCGCACCACCCUGACGACGGUCGGCCGCAUGCCCGUCAUCGCGGAAGACGACUCUCUCCCAGCCGUCACGCACCCAUCCGCCGCCUUACUUCCUCCGCCGCCGCCAUGCCGGAGCACAAAACCAAAGAACUACGGCCGCUCGCCCUUGGCACGACCCGUUCACCCGCACCCGUCCUAUCCGCCCCCCGCCUACUCCCGCAGCUCAUCACGGGACAGCACCCUGAGCACCAUCAGUACCCGCAGUCUCCUCAGUGUCAAUGAAAACGGCAGCCGCCCGGGCUCGGGUGCCUCAAAUUCUCGAGGGCCACACAAGGAAAAGUCCCGGCUCCUGCCCAUCACCACGCCCAUGACCCCGCCUUCGGAGGCGGAGAAGAGGAAGGAUUCCAUGCGGGUCGCCCGCCGUAGAAGCUGGUACCGUAUCUUCCUCAUCGGCAUCCUCGUCAUCGGCCUCUCCGUGGGCUUGUCGGUCGGUCUCACGGUCGGAGCACGAAAGUCACAACCCGCAGCGCCCGCCGACGCCUCCAACUACACAAACCUCUUCCCUUCGGGCUCUUUCGCCUUCAACACGGCUCUCCUGGUAUCCGACGCCGGGUGCACCUCGGAGCCCUCGACUUGGCGCUGCUACCCCGACCAAACCUACCAGCAGUCCCCCAACGGCUCCCUCGCGACCUUCUUCUGGACCAUCGCGGCGAGCAACUCGUAUACCUACCAGAUCUCGUCGUCGCCGAACCCCUUCGCGCCGCAAUUCACCAACGAGACCAUGGUCCUGCUCGAUGGCAACUCGUAUAACGAGCGUCUCGUCUUCGACUUCUCCCUGCCCAAGACCGUGGUCCCGUCCGAGCCAGUCGCGGCGGACGGCCGCGCGGUGACGUGCACGUUCCGGGACACGGAGUUCCGCGCGACAUUGUGGACGCGACGUCACGCCAUGGUGGCGCUCGCGAGGUCGGGAGCCGCGAACGCUACGGCGAUGGUGACGAUUGCUGCGGACGCCGACGCCGGUGUCAAGUGGGGACAGUGGCCCGGGCAGGUGGAGAUUGUGCAGACCAAGCAGGGAGGGCCGAUGUGCAAGAACUCCGCGGGGAACGUGGUCGAGGUCGCGGCGGGCAACAACCAGUGUAGUUGCCAGUACGCCAACUUCGACCUCGUCGUGCAGGAGAAACGAAGUAUGGAAUGGCAGGCAUGAUGGGGAAGGAGUCGAUCGCGAUGAACACGC